AUGACAACACCCAACACAAGCCAGACGGCCAUGUCAGAAUUGGCAGAACUCAAACAGCAAAGGGCCUCAACCAAAGCGAGUAUCAGUAGGAUUAAAGGGUUGAUCGAAACCCACAUAAAGGGGACUGGAAAAUUAUUGUCACAGCCGGAAUUAAAAUGUAGGCAAGGUAUCCUAGAUUCUUACUUUAAACAGGUCUUAUCAUUUCAGACAUCAAUUGAGAAACUAGAUGCUACCGAUACGUGCAGAGCUGACUUAGAGGAGCUUUAUAUUUCAACAAAAAUUUCCAUAUCUUCGCAGCUGAAUGAUGAAGCUAAUAAUUCUACAAUGAUGGACAACACAGCAUUGAUACCUCCUGUGAGUAAGAAGUUGCCACAUUUGAAAUUACCCACGUUCAGUGGUAAGUACUCUGAAUACAAGAACUUCAUCAAUUCUUUCGUCCAAAUUAUUGAUCGAGAAGCGUGUCUAACCAACAUCGAAAAAUUUAACCAUUUACGAAAUUGUCUAACGGGCCAAGCAUUAGAAACAGUGCAGGCAUUCCCCAUUUGUAAUGAAAAUUAUCCGAAGGCUUUAGAGCGACUUAAAACACGGUAUGACAACAGUACGCUGAUUUUCUUAGAAAACAUUACAGCUUUAUUUGAUUUGCCAGUGGUUUCGGAUCAGUCUAGCCACCAACUUCGCAGCCUAAUCGAUAAUGUGUCUGCACUGUACGGUUCACUCUGCACGUUAGGCUCUGAAAAACAAAUAUGUGAGGCAAUACUCAUUUCAUUGGUAAUGCAGAGGGUGGAUGAAACUACACGUAGGAAAUGGAAGGAGGCGCUAUCUCUCACCACUCUGCCUAGUUGGAACGACUGUUCAGCACUGCUUGACAGACAUUGUCAGUUUCUAGAAUCUCUCGAUCACAAGCCAUACAACCAUCUAUCGGUACAUCGUAAAGCCAACAAUAUUAAGGCCAAACCCAUCAAUCGUCCUAAACAGUAUUCGUUCGCUACAGCUACUUCCACCCAGUCCUGCUUACUUUGUUCAAGUCAUGAACAUUUAGUGCAGAAAUGCCCUCGUUUUAAAUCUAUGGAAGUUAACCAAAGAUUUGAGAAGGCGAAAUGUUUGAAACUCUGCAUUAACUGUCUAUCGCCCCGGCAUCGAGUGGCCAAUUGCACAUCAUCAUUCAAAUGCCGAAUAUGCGCAAAGUCACAUCACACACUCUUGCACCAACCCAAUAGCAAUGACCAGGUUUCGGAUUCACUAAAUACCACAAGGCAAACUCUGUUGCCCAAUAACAAUGUUGCCAGUCACUCUCAUCUUGAUAUGUCUUCAAAUGAACAAAUAAUUUUAGCUACGGCGCUGGUUUUGGUGAAAGAUUCAGUUGGAGGUUAUCAAGUGGGGAGAGCGUUACUCGAUUCGUGCUCGCAGGUUAAUUUUAUAACAGAGGAAUUCUCAAAAAAUCUUAAUUUGGUCAAAUACAAGCGACCGGUACAUGUGGCAAGUAUAGGCAGCACAUUUGCUAAUAUAAAGCAUCAAACAUCCACUAUCGUAAAGUCACGUCAUUCAAAUCUUGAGCUGGAUCUCAACUUCUGCGUUACUCCUCAUAUUGCUUACCAGCCAAGCUCAGAAAUUGAUGUAUCAUCAUGGAACCUCCCGCCGAAUACUUCACUCGCAGAUGAACUAUUUUUUAAAUCCAAACGUAUCGAUCUCUUACUAGGCACAGAAAGCUUCUUUGACAUUUUAUCCAUCGGUCAAAUUAAACUGGGUGCGAAUCUUCCAGUCCUGCAAAAAACAUUGUUUGGAUGGGUGGUAUCCGGUAGAUGUCAAGGUGUUCUCGAUAAUCCCACAGUUGCAAACUGCCUAAUGUCACUAGAUGAUACCGUAUCCAAACAACUAGAAAUGAUGUGGAAGAUAGAGGAAGUACAAUCAGCUGAAAAAUCGUGGUCACCAGAACAAGCGAAGUGCGAGACCUCCUAUCAAGAAACAGUUCGACAAGCUAUGGACGGAAGAAUUGUAGUUCGAUUACCAUUUAAGGAACCACCAACCACCCUCGGUCUGACACACAGCAUUGCCUUGCGUCGACUUCUAGGUAUAGAACGACGCUUAUCAUCCAAUCCUGCAUUAAAACGCGAUUACUGGGAGUUCAUGAAACAAUAUCUGGAGUUAGGGCAUAUGACGCGCGUCGAAGAUCCCAAAUUGAACGAACCGCAUUACUAUAUCCCUCACCAUUGUGUUCUGAAGCCUUCCAGCACGUCAACAAAGUUGAGAGUAGUUUUUGACGCAUCAUGUCCAACUUCAUCUAGUCGUGCGCUAAAUGACAUUUUGCUGGUAGGCCCUACCAUUCAGCCGGAACUAUAUCUGCUCCUUCUUCAGUUUCGUUUAUACCGUUAUGCUCUGACAGCCGACAUCGUAAAGAUGUUCCGACAAAUUUUGGUGGACAAAGGAGAUCGAAGGUUUCAAUAUAUCCUCUGGAGAGACACAGAUGCGGAGCCUGUUAGUACUUACGAACUCAAUACUGUCACUUAUGGCACAGCAUCGGCGCCGUUUUUAUCAACUAGAAAUUUACAAUAUUUGGCCGAUAAAUAUAAAGACAAAUACCCAUUAGGCUCUCCACUUCUUAAAUCGUCAUUUUUUGUGGAUGAUUUUAUUGGCGGAGCCGACUCCAGUGAAGAACUUGUCGAAAUUAAACAUCAACUGACUGCAAUUCUGAAGGAAGGUUGUUUUGAAUUGGAUAAAUGGCAUUCUAAUCAUGUGGAUUUUGUAAGCGACACUACAACGAAGAGUUGUAUCUGGGUUCGGAUACGAUCACUAGCGCAUUGGGCAUCAAAUGGCAUCAACUUCAUGAUGUGUUUCUAUUCUCUUUCAAUGUCCCGAUUAGUCGUACGGUAA